UCAAAAUAACGACAUAAAAUGUCAUAAUGACACCCAAAAUUUUUGUUCAAAAUCCAAGAAAAGUGUUUUUUAAUACAAAAUUGUAACUUACAGAGAGUUCAGAAUAAAAUUGGGUCCAUGAGUUCACAAGAAAAUGUACGUUUGUACGUCUGUUAGGCCUUUAAGCGCUUGCGAACUGCAGUUUAGGAGAAAAGCACUCCGAGACGCAGUUAUUUGUAUUGGUUGGCUGAAACUUCUGUCCCUGUUUUGUUACUUAGGCAUCUAUUUAUUAGUAUUCAUUCACAGUAAAGGAAAAUGGUCAAGUAUAAUCCAGUUGAUGGUACUAAUAGUUAUACCAUUUCAAAUAAUUAACGGAAUACUAUUAUUCUUAGGAGCCUUAGAGAUAAAAGUAUUGGCCUUAGAAUUAGCACUAUGGUUAUGUGUAUUACUGGCCGCGUACAAUACUGUUUUGGGACUGAUCGGAGGAAUAUAUUUCAUACGAACUGGGUUCCUGACAGUGCAUUUCUUGCUGUCACUCAUGUUUGCAAUCCAAUCCUUGAGUAUAUUUACGGUUUUGUGCCAUGAUGUGAUAGUAAUCUACACAUUCAGAUCAUUGGUGCAAAGCCCACCUCCGGGACCCCCUCAGCCUUCGACCGUAAUGCCAACACCUUCAUUACCUUCCAACGAUGCGCAGAGCAGAAAUCCGAGUUGGGCGUGAUACGUACAUCUUCAGAGUGAAUCGUUUCAAUUAUGUACCAUUGUUUUUUUUUUUGGAGAAUAAUAAUCAAAAGUUA